AUGGACUCAGCAGAAGAGCGGCCCACGCUGCAGGAGACGCUAAACUUACUGCAUCAAGCAUCUAGAACAACAGCAAAGCAACGGACCGUCAAGGUCUCCAAUAUAGUCGAUGUCAUCUGCCGUUACGCCUCGGAAGAUGGCCUUGACCAGGAUGCUCUGCGAGACAUAGUGCAGCUCGCGUCGGUGAAGACCCUGCUAGACCAAACCACCAUCACGACUUUGAUCAAGAACUUGUACCCGUCUCAAAAGGUUCCAGGCGAUGUUGUCAUCACGAUUGUUGGUGCGCUGGGGCAGGGCAAGGGCAAACCUUCGCCCGGUACACAAGACAGUCUUGUGAAAUGGCUCAUCGCCAUCCAUGAGGUCGUGGAAGAUUCGAGCGUCUUGUCCCGACUAUAUGGUGUGCUGUUUGGUAUGCUCGACAUGAUCAGUAUCAGGACAUCUUUGUGCCAUCUGCUGUCCUUGAUCACUCGCAGGAAACACGUCAAGCCAUUCCGGAUCCAACAACUACUAGAGCUGUCUCGCGGUCUCGGCAACGAGCCUGCGCUCCAGGGUCUCCUCCGUGUCUACAAGGAUUACUAUCCCGAUAUAAUACUCGGAAGCACUUCCACAAGCUGGAAGUCGUUCGCUCCGCGACCUGAUGCCGAAUGGCAAGCCAGGAUCGUUGCAAUUCAGGAGGCUAGUGUGGCGGAAGACGACUCGAAUGUAGACGGGCAGAACGGUUUCAAGGUGCUACGAAGAAGGCUGAGAGGCAGCAAAGGAUCGGCGAUUCCGGACGUGCAUACCUACCAUGCGACUGAGAGCUCAGCAACCCUUGAGGGCAUUGAUAGUGUGGACGAUUUCGUGGACAAGCUCGAUAGAAUAGAGCCACCGGGCCAGCUGAUAGCGCUCCUCGUGGAUCCGCUGCUACAGAAGUACGUUGACCUUAAGCCAUCGCCAAUAACAGCCGGUCGAUUAGGAAAUUGGCUUGCCACGUGCCUAGAAGAGCAAUUCGAGGAGUACCGGCAAGGCACUGGAAACGAGCAGUAUCUAUCUGAAGUUCUCGGUGGGCUUUUGACGUACGCUCAGUACACAAAGGCAAAACUGGUCUCUUAUAUCCCGAUUGAAGCGUUUGAAGACGCCCACACAACCUAUCUGUCCGCUGUCGAACGAGCCCUAGCAGCUCAUGGCCUUACCGCAUACACAAAGCUCGUCGACUUCUACACAUCUCUACUGCAGCACCAAAUAACCCAGACAGCGUCCGGAGCUGCCGACCAAAGAGAUACUCAACAGGAAGUCUUAAGCGACCUAAUCGAGCAUGUAGCCACCUUGUUCACUUCGGCUCUCGUCUCCAUCCCCCCAGGUUCCAGCACCACCCUCACAUCAUCGAUCCUCUCGUUCUACGAACUCCUCAGCACCUCCUCGAAACCACACGUCAUCCCAAUACAUCUGCCACCGAUGCAUCUCGUCUACCUGCUCUCUCAGGACGCAUCUUCAACGACGCUUUCUCGUAUCUGCGGCAUCAUCGGCUCUUACAAGCUGGCUUUUGAUGCGCACCCCAAGCCGGUCAAGACAUACUAUCCUGCGGAAGUCACAGAUGCGUUCAAUUGGUGUCUGCGCGACAUGUAUAAUCUAGUGUGGGUUUCCCGUGGUCUUCUCGUUCAGGACCAAAAGUCGAAGGGGUUGUACUGCGAUCCGAUACUGAGGGGGACACUGAACGAGUAUCUACGGAGAGUAGAUCGUGGAUACACUAUCGGGGCUGCGUUCGCGUUGUCGUACAACGCGUGGUUGGCUUCGCUGUCUGCCGCGGCGUGGCGUGCGGUCGAGAAGAGGGAGGUUGAGAAGGUGGGUGAGAAGAAUGUCACACGGUAUCACGACGGACCUGUUACGGAAAAGAGUCUGGAGGUGCUGAAGAGCAAAGGUGGUGUUGACGCCGAUUGGGAGGGCGCGGAUGGAUACAAGGUCAUGGUGUUGCAGUGGCUGACUGAGAGAGGGUUGGGUGGGAUUAGGGAUUUGAUGUUCGCUACCGUUAUCAACUUGAAAGGUACCGCGUGA